UUCGGUUACGUGCACAAGUUUUUCGUGCAAAGAAUGAUGUGCAGCUAAGCAAAAUAUACUGUAUGCAUAUUAGAACAUUUAAUAAACCUGCUAGCACCGUUAGACAAUGCUACUACUCAGGUUUCAGCUAGCCAGUCUGUUACGGUUUCCUUACUUGUCCCUACGAUAAGUGAGCUACAUCAAAAUUACAACGAUUUAUAUAAUAAAAUGAAAACAACUGAAGGAAAAAAUGUUUGUUUGUUUUUGAUCGAACGUCUUAUUCAUCGACUUUCAAAGUUUGAAACCCGAACAGUUACAAGGGUGGCAACAUUACUGGAUGCAAGGUUCAAAAAGGAAGGAUUUCGGUCAGCAAACAAUGCAGGUAUAGCACUAGGGAUUUUGGAGAAUGAAUUAAUUACAGUUUAUAAAUCUGCUUCAACCCUUCAUGAAAGGGCAAAACCGCCAACACCACCAAACUUAUCACAACCGCAACCUAAGUUCAAAUUUUUACAACAAAAAAUUUAUUCGAGAGUACACACAACUAGAUCGGAUGCAAUAACUGUACUACGACAAUAUUUUGAAAGACCCCACGCACCCCAAGACAUAGACCCAUUGGAAUAUUGGAAGACCAUCGGUAACGAAAUGGAAUUAUUGAAGAGUUGUGCAAUGCGCUAUUUCUGUAUACCAGCAACAUCUACUGAAUCUGAACGAAUGUUCAGCAAAGCUGGAUAUAUAAUUUCAGAUAGAAGAAGCUGUCUCAAAGAGAAAAAUGUAAAUAUGUUAUUGUUCCUUAACAAAAAUAAUUGGCUAAUGUAAUAUGCCGUCUUGUUCAUUAAAAUCUGGACAGGGAAAGUUAUAUAUAGUUUACCCUUUUACUUACACAGACGCUGGCGUAUUGGAAAAUUGACUUCGCUUUUAAUUCAUUUUUUAACUUUUGUUAUGAAGUACUAGUCAAAAUAAUAGCACCAUAACAUUUUUAUCAGCUUUGAUUGGUUUAUUUGUUUGUUUAAUGGAUCAUUGGGAUAUUUAUCAACUACAAACUUGCACUGAAUUAAAUGUACUAAAAUUUUAUAUUCUAUAAAACUGAUACACAAAAUUUUUUUAGAAAUUCGAAUUAAAAAGCUUAAAUUUUUAUAGAAAAAGGUUGAAAAUUGGAUUUAGAUAUAUGGUUUUCUUUUAUGUAUAACGAGCUAUACAUUUAAAAACAAUAAAUAAACAUUAAAUAAAGAAACAAAAAAACGGCCAAAACUGUAGUAAUGUUGUGGUGCUAUUAUUUUGACUAGUACUUUAAUAAAUUCCCUUGUCCGGAUUUUAGUUACCGCCUCCAUACUUGAUCUCAGUUGAACUGAUAUACAUAAGUAUGUUUUGUCAAUUUAAAGUAAUAUCUUUUGUUUUGUUUUUAUAGUACUUAAAAUGUAUUAUUAUAACCAUAUUCUCUUCCUUGCACUUGAAAAAGGACAAACAAAAUCUGAUUUUAAUUUUUCCAUGUAAAAAAUAA